AUGUCUUUUGAAAACAAGCUUGUUCCCAUUCCUCGAAAGGAUUGGCGAGAACUACGCGAUUUAUUUAACGGCAAUGAUCUUGCCACCGAAAUCCCUUUCAAUACCAUCCAAAACUACAUCAAUUGGACGACAAUCGACCCUAAGAUUCGUCAUUUGGAAAUCCUCAGUCUUAACGAUACCUGGCGACACAAUGGGACAUUUAUUAUUUCGGAUCGACAUGAAUUAUUUUUCUACUCACUGGAUCCAUCCCUCGCAUCGCUUCAAGACAUGCUGGAACUUAUGGACUGGGACUUCCCGUACCGAAUAUUUGCCAUUUUAGAUUCCCAUCAAAUGGUGUUGAAACGAGUGCUCCAAAAGCUCAAUAUACCGUAUCCCGAGGAAACGGUAGCUUGUAAUCUAUAUCGAUUGACCAAAGAAGUCAGCAUUCAAUUGGACACCACCCCUCCAGUUGGCUUCCGCCUGGGAACGCUAGAAGCUCAGCAUGUCAAAACCAUCAACGAAACGUGGACGUUCCGUAACGGCGGUUCUGAGUACGCCCUGACGCGUUGCAUAGCUUGGAACACUAGCGUGGGACUGUUCGACGACCGAGAUAAGCUGGUUGCAUGGUGUUUGCUCAACAAUUUGGGUAUCAUUUGUGUGCUGUUUACUGUCGCGGAGUAUCGUCGCCGGGGGUUUGCCGAACUGGUGCUAAGGUCAAUGGUGAACAAAUUGGCCCAACGAGGAAUGAAUGCCAUCACAAGCGUGCUGCUGGCAAAUGUUCCUUCCAGAGCGUUGUUUGAGAAACUGGGAUUCAGAGGUGAUUUGACUGUACACGAUAGCUGCCAUCGGGUGGAUCGGUUGGUGGAGUGGAACUUUUUUUGAACGUCGUCGCUUUGCGAGAUGAUGAAGUUUGUCAGCGGAUGUGACACCACUUGGUGACAAAACGUUAUUACAAAGCUUUACAGUCGCAUCAUAAAGAUCAAACAAAGGCUUAGCUCGCCAUGCCAUGAGCGUGUGAAGGAAUUUAAU